UUCCACUAGUAGGAAGAGCAGAGAGAGCAGUGCGAGCUCGGAGGGAGCAUGGGGGGCACCCGGGGGCCCCGCAGGACAUGAUGUCGCCCUGGGGCUGUCCGGGGCAUGGCUCCUGGGGAAGACGCUGACAUGAAGCCCCCCGAGUUGUCCGAGGGGCCCCGGAACGGCUAUGUGAAGAGCUGCGUGACCCCCCUGAAGCCGGACCCCCCGCGAGGCACCCUGCGCACGCUGUUUCGGCUCCGCACCCCUGCCGGUUGCGCUGUGGGGGCUGCGGUCCUUGCCGUGCUGGGGAGCGGAGCGGGGUGGGCGCUGCUCAGGACCCCCCACUCCUUCUUGCUGGGCUUCUCCCACGCCCUGAGCCCCCUCUUCAGCUUGGGAUGUGCCUUUUUCUUCCUGACCUGCUACCUAGCCCGCUCUCACAGGGGACCCGGUGGGCUGUGGCCCCUGGCCCUGCCCCUGUGCUGCUACUCUGGGGACCUGCUGGGGGCCCAGUUCCUGCCCCACGUGGUGGCCCGGCUCCUGGCUGUGCUGGGCUGUGUGGGACUCCUCACCCUCUACCAAGCUCUGCGGCUCAGACAUAGUGUGCUGGUCCUGGGCUUCUCAAGCCUGGUCUGGCUACUGGCCAUCACUAGCCUCAGCCCCCUGCCACAAGCCCUCAGAGCCCUUGGAGCGUGCCUAGUGGGACUGCUGGGCUCCUUGCUGGCCCUGGGCUUCACACACUUCUUUCAGAUAAGGGAGGCCCACCCUAGGGCCACCAUGGUGGAGGACAAGGUGCCUGUGAUCAGACCCAGGAGGAGGUCCAGCUGUGUGUCCCUGGGUGAGAGCUCGUCAACUUACUAUGGCAGCGGCAAGAUGUGCAGGAGACCUUCCCUGCCCUGUAUCUCAAGGGAGCAGAUGAUUCUUUGGGAUUGGGAUUUAAAACAGUGGCACAAACCACAGUAUCAGAAUGCUGGAGGUGGUAAUGGGGUCGAUCUCUCAGUACUAAAUGAAGCUCGGAACAUGGUUUCUGAUCUACUGGUAGAUCCAUCACUUUCCCCACAAGUCGUGUCUUCACUUCGGAGCAUAAGCAGCUUAAUGGGGGCUUUCUCAGGUUCAUAUAGACCAAAAGUAAAUCCUUUUACACCGUUCCCUGGCUUCUAUCCAUGCACAGAAAUGGAGGACAGUGUGGAUAAAGGAGAGAGAAAGGUCCACAAGGGAUUGAACAGCCGUAGCAGCCUGCCAACUCCACAGCUCCGGCGAAGCUCAGGAAUCUCUGGCAUGCCACCCAUGGACCUUGCCUCUUCUCGGUGGGAACGGAAUAAUGGAAAACGUCCUUACCAGGAUUACAGCAGUUCAAGCCAAGGAUCUUAUCCAAACGGGUCUUUCAGUUCAAACCUGCUUACAAUACCAAAGCAAAGGUCUUCGUCUGUGACACUGACUCACCACGUCGGGCCAAGGAGAGCUGGUACUUCUCCUAGCUUGAGUCCUGUGAGUUCCCCUAGCCAUGCAUCCUCGGGAUUCACACGAUCGCCUGUUGAAUUUCCUGAUACCGCUGAUUUCCUUACAAAGCCAAGUGUUACUUUACAUAAACCUGUGGGACAUUCACUAAAUUCUCAGGAGUUCCAGCUGCAAAUCAGAUCAUCGCCGAGCCAUAUUUGUAACAGUUGUGGUCGUCAAAUUUAUAAACCUCUUUCAAACUCUGAAUUGGCGGAGCACAGUUCCCAAUCUGGAGCUGAAUACCAAGUCCGAAAAUCGGGUGAUAAUGUUACCAGUAGUUUUAAUGAAUCGGGGCACGGGGAGAAGAAACCGGACAAACGAUUACAAAAAGACUGCAGGAGAUUAUCGGAAAGUCACGAACAAUAUACAGACCAGACCCAUGUUAGCCAACCAUUCGAGAUGGCGGAAGAGACAUCCUUGGAACUGCUAAUUGAAAAUCAGGAUGAACUGUUGGAAAAAUUGGAUAAUUGGAACUUCCCGAUAUUUGAUCUUAUGGUGAAAACAGGCGGCAAGUCUGGGACAAUCCUUAGUCAGGUGUCAUACACUUUGUUUGAGGAUACUGGGUUAUUUGAAAUUUUUAAGAUCCCUGAACGAGAAUUUAGAAAUUUCUUCCAAGCACUAGAAAAUGGAUACCGCGAUAUCCCAUACCACAAUCGUGUCCAUGCCACUGAUGUCCUUCAUGCGGUGUGGUACCUGACCACGAGGCCUAUUCCAGGAUUUCAGGAGAUCUCCAGCGAUGAUGCAGACCCAGAUAAUGCUGCUGAUCCGGCUCCUGUUUAUCUCUCGUCAAAAAGCUGCACCUUUGUGGAAGACAGUUACGGCUGUAUUGCAACAAACAUCCCUGCGCUGGAGUUAAUGGCUCUAUAUGUGGCUGCAGCUAUGCAUGACUAUGACCACCCUGGACGUACCAACGCGUUUCUUGUGGCCACAAAUGCUCCUCAGGCCGUUCUGUAUAACGACCGAUCAGUGCUGGAGAAUCAUCAUGCGGCUUCUGCUUGGAACCUCUUCCUGUCUCAGCCAGACUACAAUUUUCUCACGUAUCUGGAUCACGUGCAGUUCAAACGAUUUCGUUUUUUGGUGAUCGAAGCAAUCCUUGCCACGGACCUUAAAAAGCAUUUUGACUUUCUCGCAGAGUUCAAUGCCAAGGUGAACGAUGUGAACAAUGGAAUGGACUGGAGCAAUGAAAACGAUCGACUUUUAGUUUGCCAAGUCUGCAUUAAGUUGGCCGACAUUAAUGGCCCUGCAAAAACUAGAGAGUUGCACUUGAAAUGGACUGAAGGCAUCGUUAACGAAUUUUAUGAACAGGGGGAUGAAGAAGCAAAUCUUGGACUGCCAAUCAGCCCAUUCAUGGACCGGUCUUCACCUCAAUUAGCAAAACUGCAAGAGUCGUUCAUCACCCACAUUGUGGGGCCCCUGUGUAAUUCAUACGAUGCAGCCGGGUUGCUUCCUGGGCGAUGGGUAGAUGAAGACGAAGAAGACUUAGAAAGUGAGGAUGAGGAAGAUUUGGAUUCAGAAGAUGAAGAAAUGGACGAUGAUGUUGGUUCAAAACCACAGAGAAGGAAAGGCAGACGGAUGUUCUGCCCACUAAUGCACCACCUUCGGGAGAACCACAAAUUAUGGAAAAAAAUCAUUGAGGAUGAAGAAAAAAGUAAAACAGAGACAAAUAAACAGCAGAACGAAAGUUUGUCAUUACCUCAAUCAGAUGAUAUCCAGGUUAUCGAGGAAGCUGAUGAAGAAGAGGAGCGACAGUCAGUGGAGGACAGAAGAUGCUGAGAACAUUUUAUUAUAUAUAUUAUUAUUUUUUUUUUUUAAGUGUGCAAUGGGGGAGCAGAGACCCCGUUUUCUAUGAGCUCUUCACAUACUGUAACUUUGAAAGGCCUUAAUACUGUGAGAGGGUCGUUCUGCCCUCGUAACUCCCCCACUCUAUGCACUUUCACCACGUGGGAUAUAUAAACUUUCUAUUGAAACGUUGAUUAUUGUCUACCUUGAUGCAAAGUCCUUUGUGAUCUGAUUGGUAUCCAGAUACCAUGUUCUAAUGCUGCCUUGCUGAAUACAGAGUUCCUAUUUUCCAUAUGGUACUUGCAAUCAUUAAGUGACUUCUCUUACCAAAGUGGCCACCGCUUUUUUUUUUUUUUUUUAUUAGGCUGGAGCAUUGGAAGAAACCCACAAUGUGCCCACGUUUUUCUUUUUUUUUUUUUCUUUUUUCCUGGAAUAUGAAAAUGUACCAAUGCUAAAAUAGAUCCUGAAUAAUGCUACUUUGGCCCAUUUCUGGAUUAUUUGUUAGUGAAGGAACAAUAACCCUUUCUAUACUUUAAAGACUUUAUGACCAUUAUAAAAAAUAUAUAUAUAUAUAUUUUAUGAUUGGAAAUCCCUCAUAUGCAUCCGUUCUGAUGCUCUUUUAUUGUAAUAUAUAAACUGCCUGUGCUUUUCUUUUAAUUUUAUUUUCCCGCAAUGAAGUGUCUAGAUAAGUUAGGGUUUUUUUGUUUUUUUUUUCCCUUUUAGUUGCAGUUCUGUGGUAGACAACAAAAUCACAAAAGAGAGAGAAGAAAAAAAAAAAAGUGGGAAAGCAUUAAACCACAAAAAAAGUGUUUCAAUAAUGAAGGGAUUUUUUUUUU